GCUGGCUGGAAGAAGAAGAGUAAAAUGUCGGCUUGUUAGUUUUUUCUCCGUGUUUAUCGCGAAUAUAAUUCAUCUUUAAUCCCGUAAAAAGCCUCCGAACUCGCCUGAAAAUGUCUGUGUCCGCUAAUAUAAGUGUGGAGGCACCGAUUGAAAAUCAAAUCCAGGAGAUCGCUUACGAUGGCACCGAGAUUUAUCAACUACCUCCCACUCUCUCGGAGCACCUCGCCAAAUGUGCGGCCAAAAUAGACUUCAGCAAAACGGCCAACGAUAUCGACUUGGUGCAACAGUCCAUAAAGAAGGAGGACGAGAAAAAGUCGGCGGAGGAUGAAUCGAAGGAAUCGGCCGCCCAUUUCCAGUCCAGCUUGUGGCCCUGGGAUUCGGUGCGGAACAAGCUGAAGGAAGCAUAUACCGAGGUGUGCGUCCUGUCGGAUGUGCUCUCGAUUGCCAAGGAAAAGCGCUUCAUGGUGCUGGAUCCGAUUCCGCAGGAUCCACCGGAAGUGAAACCGAUGGUACAGGUUUAUGCUAGAAAGAAGGCGCUCGCUAGUGCCGCUAAUAUUUUGCUUACUGGAGCCGAGCGACUGAAGACAGCACACUCGGAACAGGGUGGAGGCGGCAAUCGGAGCACCUCCGAUUUCCACAUUGAGUUGCUGAAGUUGAGACGGAACUGGAGAUUGAAAAAAGUUUCCAACACAAUCAUUGGCGAUCUGAGCUACCGAACGGCUGGCUCGAGAUUCAUGCAUCCGGGAAUGUUCGAGGUGACGAAAGCCGAAGAGGAAGAUAACAGUGAGGAAACUCCGGCAGCUGGAGUACCGGGUGCAGCAGUAGGUGCUGUUCCGGGACCAAAAACAAAUUGCGCCCUCCGUGUUAACGUUCCGACUGAGCUGCAGGGAGUGGCCUUCAUUAAGGUCAUUACCAAAAAAGAUGAAGGCGAUUUAUGCACAGCUACUUUCAACAUGUUUGGGAUGAAGCAACUUUGUCAACCGGCUAAGCCCACGUGGCAACAAACGUUGGAGUUUGCUCAAAAUGUACUCUUCUGCAAGGAAUUGUUCAAUCAGUUGGCUAGAGAAGCUGUGCAGCUCCAAGCUCCGAUUCCUCACGUCGUAGUUGGUAAUCAAAUCCGGGCGACUUUAUUGCCGGGUAUACAAUUGAUCAUCUCCCUCUACCACUCUACAUCGUCGGACACUAACAGUAGUCCCGAACAAAUCAAGGAUCACGAUCACAUUCUGGAACAUUCGUUGCAUCAAUUGUUGCGUGAAUUCCAUCAUAAAAACAUCCACCAUCCAUUUCCACAUCCAGCCAGUGCUCCCUUGGGACCAAGUAAAAAGCGAACCUUAGCUGGACCUUCCGCUUUCGAUCGCUACGAGCUUCUCGAGAUGACAAAAUCGCAAACACUGCUCGAACAGAUCAUUGCUCAAGCGCAGCACAUUUUCAUUCGUCGUAGAGCAGAAUAUGUACUCGAUACUCUAGCAAGGGAUGUCAAGGAUCCACUCAUAACGUCCCACUGGAAUGCCAUGAACAGUCCAACGAUGUCCUGCGUUAAGAUCAACAUCACUUCCCAUGGCUACGAUGCCAAUCUCCGGACUUCUCUGGUUAUCCACGUAAAAGAACGUUCGCUCAAGUGCAUCUGCCGAGAUGGGCGAAUUAUGCACAUGUCUUACGAAAUGCAGGAACUGCGGGAUCUCAUUUUGACCCAGAUCAGCCAACAUCAGAUCGUGUGCUUGCAGAAUCUGGCCAAAUGUAUGGCCUGGCAGAUCUUAUCCAACAGUAGCAACCUCGGAAUAGGAUCGGUAGAACCCUUGGGUAAUGCCAAUUCGUGCGUUCUGGCCUCGCCCAAUUCGGAUCGAUUGAUUGCCGUCCAGUGGCGCUGUGAUCCACAGAUUGCCGUCAAGGUGUACAUUGCCCAGAGCCCGGGGAAAGAUUUUUUCCCCGGCUCACUUGUUCAAGGAAGACACUGGGAGCAUUUAGGUGGUCACUUCAAAGAGGUGCGCUUCGACAAAAUGGAAGGGAAAAACUUCCACAACAAAAUGGAAUUCCUGAUGGCCAGCCUGAUGAGCCAGUCCUAACAACGGCCACCGGUAGAGGGACGGCAGCACUUGUUCCUGGCGAAUGAUGAAGAUGAGGGCGAAGUCGGAUCGCGGAAUGCCCACCACAACCCAGGAAAUCCGGACCCCGAAAAAUCGGACUCCGAUCUGGGUUCGUUUGUAUUGGAUCUUGUUCUCUGAGGAGGUAAUUUAUUCUCUUUCCCCCAUAUCGUAUCAAUUUUAUUACUCAUUAGGUAUUCCGGCUAAUAUAAGCAACAUAAAAUGGUACUUUAUCCACAAAA